AUGCGACUGUCAAUUCGUUUCGUCAGGAAAUCUCUUCCACUGGUCCUUAUCUGUAUAGCGUUUCUGUUAACUGUCCGAAUAUGGAGAGUGUGGAACGACAUAAACGUUAUAAAUAUGAAUUUUCCUACUGGCACCGGCUCUUCUUCGGUUGAGCGAUCAUAUGCUUUGACUGCGGGACAAAGCAGUCGAUUCAGUUCAUUAACUUCGAAUUAUACAACAAGGCAACCAAUUCUUCAACAUCAUAUUCAUCGCACAAAAUUGUUGAGUACAGUAAUUUGUCCGAACACAUUAUUUCUUCUUAUUUUGGUGUCGACGAAUGUUGGAAAUGUCGACCGGCGCCACAUAAUACGCAAGACGUGGGGAGCUGAUUACUCUCUCAAAACAAAAUGGAAAACUGUGUUUCUCUUAGGGAAAAACAGCAACGAGCAAGAGAUGCAAAUUUCUAAGAAGGAAGCUGAAAUUUAUGGUGAUAUGGUUCAAGCUGAUUACUACGAACAUUUCUGGAACAUGAGUUAUAAAGUUGCAAUGGGUUUCGAAUGGUCUGUAAAAUAUUGCUCUUACAGUUACUUGCUUAAGUCAGACGACGACGUGUUUGUCAACACUUUCGGUAUGAUGGAUUUUUUAAGCAAGUACACAACGCCAAGGCACAAAUUUUACACCGGCAAUAUUAUGGUGGGCAGUGUUGUCAUGAGAGAUGGUAGAUACGCCGUCUCGCCUGAAGAAUACAACGAAACGGUCUAUAAACCAUAUUGCAGUGGCGGAGGCUAUGUUUUGUCUCGCGAUGUUGUGGAACAGUUCCUGUCGUAUUUUGAUGUUUAUAAACCUUUGAAAAUUGAUGACGCGUACAUCGGUAUACUGGCAGAUCAAGCUGGUGUGAAAGUAACCAACAACAAAGAAUUUCGCAUGUACGAGACGAAGUGUGAAUACAGGGAAUCCACUCUCGUUCAGCAUCCAGCGAGAGGAGACUGCGCGAUUAAGCUGUACAACAGCAUGAUUAAGAGUGUGUUAGGUUAA